AUUCAAUAGCUAAUAUGCGUCGCACAACAACGCGAGACUCGAGAGCAAAAUGGAUGUCAAUCACGGAGUGAAGAUUUGGGUAAUCGUAAAUCGCGUCGAUUUAGGCGGGACACCAUCUUUUGAGAGGCAGGCAGCAACACCGGUCCUGCUUCCCCAGAACACCAGCUCUGCCGAAGUCCAACAGGCUGUCAGGAAGGCGUUGCAGUUGAAAGAUGAAACUCUUGUUCUGAAGUUGAGGAACAGUCGAGGUUCCCUCAUACCCAUCAACAGCCACGUUACAUCCAACUCAAAGUUUAUGCCAUACACAUUGGAGGUUGUACAGCGAUAUCAACAUAUUAAACCGAUGCCCAGAUCCGUCAAAUUAAAUGGCUUUAGCGAGAUCACCAAGGUCAGGUUACAGAAAAUCAUGCGGAGGCUAGAGCAGCUUGAACGAUCAGUUCCCGAGCUCAGAAAUCGACGGGAGGAGAAAAUUAAACAGGAAAUGGAAGAGCUGAACGAGAAGAUGAAAUUCCUGAACAAGAGGAUGCAGGAGGCGGAGGGUCAUAAAUGGAAAGGCAUGUUCAAGAAGCACCCGCUGUGGUGAGGAGGACCAGACCGUGGGGGUUGCCUCUGCAUAUCACUGUCAACCAGUGUUGUACUGGAUGUAUCACCGUAUCUUGCGGUUUUUUGCAUGCUUAGAGGGUCCAAGCCAUGCAAUCAUUUUACUGCAACCCUUGAAAAUGCACCUUUGCGUUUUAUUUAUUGUUUUUAAAGGCAUUUUUUGCAUCUUUUUAGUUUUUUUAUG